AUGAAGUCCACCCAUAUCGCGACCGUGGGUCUGCUGGCCGCCGUAGCUGGGGCUAGUCCAGCAUCUGCUAUUGUCGGCUCAUCGACUUCUGAUGUAUAUCCUCCUGCAAGCACUUCUGCUGACCCCAGCCUCUUCCCGCCCGAGUCGGUAGUGGGAUUCCCUGGAGUCACCCAAACGGGUAUUGAGCCAGCGGCGAUUGCCACAGCCAAGGCUUAUCCCUACAACUCGGGACCCGCCAAUGCUUUCCCUCUCGUCUCGCCCGAGCCCCAUGGUGAGGAUCAAUCAUCGACCUUUGACAUCAAGAAGUAUUGGGGCAAUCUGUCGCCAUGGUAUUCGCUGUCUUCUGCCGAUUAUGGUCUGCACGAUGCCAGUCCGCAGCUCCCAGACGGGUGUGACAUUGUGCAGGUGCAUCUCUUGUAUCGACAUGGUGCGAGAUACCCAACCAGCGGUGCCGCACCGGCAACAUUUGCGCAAAAGCUGCACAAUGCGACCAAGACUGGCUUCAACGUGACCGGCGACUUGGAAUUCUUGUCAGAUUGGACGUACAAGCUUGGUGCAGAGCUGUUGACGCCCUUUGGCCGAAGUCAGAACUUUAUGCUCGGAGUGCAGUACCGUCAGCUCUACGGCGAACUCCUCAAUAACUUUACCGAGACCAACACGAUACCCGUGUUUCGCACCCAGUCGCAGGAUCGCAUGGUAAAGACUGCUGAGAACUUUGCUGCUGGAUUCUUUGGAGUGCCCGAGUAUCUGGAUCAAGUCAACAUUGAGAUUCUCGUGGAAACUCCUGGCGUCAACAAUUCAGGCGCGCCAUAUGAGAUCUGCACCAACUCCAAUGUUGGAUCUAGAGGCGGUAUCGGCUCGACCGUCGCAACGGCUUUUGCAAAGAAUGCUUUCAAUGCCACCUUGGCUCGUCUCAACUCGCAAGUGUCUGGCUUGAACUUCACUCCCACGGAUGCUAUUGCAAUGCUGCAGCUCUGCUCAUAUGAAACGCAUGCUUUGGGAUACUCGGCAUUUUGCGACCUGUUUACGCAGGAAGAUUUCCUCAACUACGAAUAUUAUUAUGAUCUGUCAUUUUACUACAAUAACGGGCCCGGUUCUCCCGUCUCGGCAGCUCAGGGGAAAGGUUAUCUCCAAGAAUUCGUCGGCCGCUUCACUCACAGUUUUCCCGAUGCUGCCUCAGCACUGAAUGAGACAUUUGACAAUAGCUCGACCUACUUCCCGCUGAACCAAUCGAUAUACGCCGAUGCGACGCACGAGGUGGUUGUUCUCGACACUCUGGUGGCGUUCAACCUGACGUCUCUUUUCAAGGGUCCACCACUGGCACUGACUGGCAAUGAGAAGCAGAACAGCUUCGUCGCCAGUAAGAUCGUGCCAUUUGCAACACACUUUACCACACAAGUGCUCGAGUGUCCAGCGUACAGCCCAACCAGGCAAAUCAGGUUCCUUGUAAAUGAUGCUGUUGUCCCCAUCGCUGAUUCCUACGAUAGCUGCGAUGUAGACCCAAAUGGAUUGUGCUCAUUUGACACUGUCGUGUCUGCUCUUCAGAAGCGUGUUGAUGAGAUUGACUUUGACUACGAUUGCUUUGGCAACUACACAGCGACAGCUGGCAACGACUAUAACGGCAGGGCUCCCCGAUAG